CCUGUCAAGUAUUCUUUUUACUUCCUUGCGGAGUGCGACUAUGUAUUAUUUUAGUUUAUACUGACAUAGGUUGAGUUGGUAGCUAAUACAGAUGUAAAUGUAUCGCGUAGCUCGCAGUUUAAUUUUUUUCUUAUUACGGAGUCACUCGUGAAUCAUGAUAAUGUUAUCACUCACACCUGACAAUGUAGGCAGUGAGAUAUGUUUGAAGGACAUAGGAAAACUUUUGAAAUUGGCAACUCUGUUCUGUUUCUUGUUUCAUGGAAUUCGCUGAUAUACACAAAUAAUAAUAAUUAAUAAAUAAAAGUAAAUAAAGGAAAGAACAGUGAGCGUGGAUGAAUCAUUAUCACGUGCCAGUGCCUGUGACAUCCUGCGUACUUAUUUGUGGUCUUGCUGGCUGCAUGUGAGGAAGCACACGCUAACCUCUUCCUGUGGGCUGGCUGGCAGAGGCAUCAGCUGUGGUUGACGAGCGAUCACUUGCCAUCUGUCAGAAGGCGCGUUUAGUCCUGAGAAGUGACAGGAUGAGGCCAACACUGAGCACCUUAACAGUUUUCACCCUCAGCUGUGCCUUCUGUUUGGCUGGUGCUUCUACGCUGAGAAACCCGUUCUUGGGAUGUGAGGAAAAUGCUUUUCCCCCAAAUAAAAGCAAUGCAGUUCCCCAGUACACCAUCAGUUUGGACCUUGUGCCAGAAGACAGAUGGACACAACUCAUCACUGACAAGAAGGAACAGAUGGUGGCACUGGUGGGUCAUGUGAGGAACCUGACAAGAAUGGUGUUGGGGGAUCGAGUCUUUCAAAUAGUCAUCGACCAUCUGGAGGAGCUGUCCAGCACCCUGCCGUCACCCUACCGUGAGGAAAUGGUGGGCAUCAGCCAAGUCUCAGGUUUACCAGUAUCUGAGGUAACUCUGUACAAUAUCUUCUAUGAGGUAUUCACAUUCUGCACCUCCAUCAUUGUACAGGACAGCACUGGCCGCCUCUACCAUGGGCGUAACCUGGAUUUUGGCCUCUUUCUAGGGUGGAAUCCCAAAGAACACACAUGGCAAGUGGCUGAGCUGCUGAAGCCUAUGGUGGUACAGUUGGAGUGGCGGCGAGGUGGAGAGCUCUUGUACCAGUCUGUCAGUUAUGCUGGUUAUGUUGGUGUUCUGACUGCUGUGAAGAAGGAUAAGUUCACCUUCAGCUUGGAUGAGCGCUUCUCCCUUGAUGGGGGAUUUAUGGGUUUGCUUGAAUGGGUGCUGCUGAAGGAUCACAAGCAAAAAUGGAUUGCCUUCAUAACAAGGGAGGUGAUGGAGCAAGCAGACUCGUAUGAGGCAGCCAAGUACACCCUCUCUCACACUCGCCUGCUGGCACCUGUCUAUUUCAUCCUGGGUGGGGCACAGCGUGGGCAGGGAAGCAUCAUAACCCGCUGGCGUGAUAACUUCCGCGUUGAUGACCUGGGCAGCAAGGUUUCAGGGUCAAGCUCCUGGUUCCUGGUGGAAACCAACUACGAUCUGUGGAAUUCUCCUCCUUUCUAUGAUGAUCGCCGCUCUCCAGCUGUGCGUUGCCUGAAUGAGGCAGGACAGGGCAAUGCUUCCCUAUCUCUUCUCUACAAUGUUCUCUCCACUCGGCCUGUGAUGAAUAAGCUGACCACAUACACUAGUCUCAUGCAGGUCAAUGAGGGGCAUCUUGAGGCAUGGCUGCGCUUCUGUGAUGACCCGUGUUGGCCCUGGUAAUUCUAAGUACCUGGAGACUCCUCAUAUAUAUACUUUAUAUUGUGUAACCUUCCAUAUUUCCUUGUCUUCUGUCUCACUUCUACCUUCCUGAAAUUCUUUAUUGUCUGUUCCAGUUCCAAUUUCUCUCUCUCUCUCUCUCUCUCUCUCUCUCUCUCUCUCUCUCUCUCUCUCUCUCUCUCUCUCUCUCUCUCUCUCUCUCUCCCCCCUUUCUAUUCCUACUUUUAUUUCUCUCCAUUCUUUUCCAUAUCCUUGGUUUACACUUUUCUCUUGUAAUGCUGCCAUUCUCCAUCAUCCUUCCAAUAUUCACUUUGCUAUGCCAGUAUUUUAGUCUUUUACCUCUUUUUAUCUUCCUGCAUCAUGCACUUUUGCCAAUCUUUUCAUCAUUUACUUUUCUUGUCUCCAUUUGCAAUAUUAUACUUCUCCUCCUCCUCCUCCUACUUGCAUUUCUUCUUCUCACUCUUCUUUGCUUUUCUUUCUCUUCCUAUCUAUAAUGUUUUUUUUUUUUCUCAAUAUUAAAAGGCCAACACUUCUUUUCCUUUCAUGUCUUAUUGAGGCUGUGAUUGUUGUGAGCAAGGAUUAAGUAAGCUUCUUUCAGUGUUCACUUGUUUAGCACUGCUCUGUCAACCAACUGUGACACUGGAGAGAUGCAGCCUGAGAAACUCCUGACUCCAGAGUGCAGAAGUGUGUUGAGAUGCAUCUAAGUGGCCAUCAGAUAAUAGAAUAGUAAAGGAAAUGUUAAUGAUAACUUGGUUUUAGUGUUAAACAAAUUGUUACUUUUGAAAAGACAAAAAUAUAAUGAAAAGAUAUGCAAAUAAUGUAUGUAUUGACAGUAUUCAUAUGCAUGCUGUUAUUCAUUAAGAUAGCUUGAGGAAUUUUUAUUGCAAGAAUAUAGUUAUUCAAAAUGUUUUCAAUUAAAAAGUGAAGUGAGCUUUUUAAAGUUGUAUGAUAAUUUGUGAGUUUCCUGAAAGAGGUUCUCUAGUCAAGUAGAGAGGUUAGUUCAUUAUCUGUAUUUGUAAAGUUAUUUGAAAUUAAACAUUUGCUAACUUUA